ACACACCCCUAGAGAGCAGAAACACGAGAGAGAGUGAGAUUCAAAGAGCUCCGGUUUUCCGCACAAAACCGCUGAGCAAAUCAAGAGAGUGGCUGUUUUAUCCUGGAGGCGACCGGCUGAUAGACUGCUGUGCGAAUAACGAGGCAGAGCCGCGAAAGUCUUAAAGAGAGCGACCUAGUCCGCGACUCAACCAGAUCGGUAACCCUAAUUUUUCUGUUCGGUUUGUAACAAUUUUAAGACGUUUGGUUUUUGUCAUGUGUACCAAAGGAGGAUACCAAUUCUGGCUCGAUCGAUUUCCUUCGCUGCGCGUUGCUUUUUCAAGAUUGCCGCAGUCAUAUCUCUUCCAUAACCAGCGUGCUGAAAUUAUGUCCGGAGCCAAGUAGCCACCUCCGGCGGCGUAAAUCAAUGAAGAAGGAGGAAUCUACCUCCAGGUUGCACCACCUAUAGCACUGAAAGCAAGAAUUCCAACCCCUAGCCCGUCAAGUCCUUUCACAAUUGGGCUUUCAGUUCCAGUUGCAAAAGGGGAUUUUCAGCUUCAGUUGCAGCCACGUUACGGAGCAAACUAUGGAGGGUGCAACCUCGACGUGUUCCGUUCCAGCAAGUUGCUGCGUGUAACUAAUAGGGCCCAAACCAAGCGAUAGAAGGCUCAAUGAGAAGCAGAAGUUAUCCUAGAAGCCAUAAUCCACGACCAUAGAACAAGGAAAAUGCACGAUGUUGAGUGCUAGUCUUAAAGGUUGUGGAGAGAAGCAAAACGAGCAACAAAGAAGCUAUGUAUGGCUAGCUAUUAACUACAAAUGUUAGAAGGAAAUGACUUCUUGAAAAGAGGUAAGAACUGACACCUUCCUCAUGAGUCAUUAAUGAAUGACAAAUUUCAUAAGGUUUUAUGCAUGAAAUUGAGAAAGGUUAUGAAUGCUAGAAUGAAAGCUUGAAUUGAUGCAUGAUAAGUUGACAUUAAGAUAUAUUACGUAUCUCGAUGAUUAGAGCAUAAAUUGAUUACAUGCUAUGGAAAGAAUGAUUUUGUCUAAAUGUGUGCAUUGAAGAAUAUAUGGGAAUAGAAUGAGUUUAUUGCCCAUAAUAACGAUAUUGUAAGAAGUACUAUUAUCAGUACUACACGAACCACUUAGGCUGCUUUGAAACAUCAAAGUUUCAAGAAUGAGAGCAGCAAGCCGAACCAGAUCCAUACCAAAUAGAAUGGUACCCUUUGUGGUAACCAUAAGAUUGCCACCCAAUCCUCUAAGAAUGACGCUAUGUUCCUCUGUUAUUUGUGAGAAACUAGGUCAUAAGACACGAAAGUGUAAGAACAAGUUUAACCUAGUGUUAACUUGACUACAUAAGAGGAUUUGGUGGUAAUAAUCGCUAAUGGGGUGAUAGGCCUUAAUGGCAAUUCUGAAGAAUGGUGGUUGGAUAUUGACGCCUAAGGCAUGCAUCUCAUAAAGUAGCUAAGCUCAAUCAUGCAUUAAGGCGUAUUGAAGGAGAAAGUGUUGUUGGGCAAGACCCUCACCACUAUAGUUGAUGGUUCUGGGAAAGUGGAAAAGAACCCUACCUCUAGAAAGUCAUUGACUUUCCGAGACGUAAGGAAUGGUUAAGUAGAUAAGAUAAAUUCUUUCAAGUGUGUCUGUGUGAAGAAUUAGAAUAUCUUAUUCCCAUAUUAUUAUUGGAUGCUUGAGAAAAAUAUGAAUUUUGUAUAUCCAAGCUAAAGGACCCAUAAAUAUGUGAUUAGAGAAUCAGAAUCAAUAAAUCUGAUUUAUGUUGAUAUGGGUAAACUUGAUGGAAAAGACAAUAAAUGAUUUAUUGCUCUUUAGAGUGCUCUGAUUGUCUAACUAGUUAUUCGAAAUAGUUUGAAAUGCCUAGUUGCACUAUGAUUGCACUGAUUAUUCGAUAUGUGGCAUGCAUGUGGUAGCGUUAGAGAAUCAGUGACAUGAUAACUAGAAAAGCAUAUGAGUGUGUAAGUUAUUACACAUAAGCCUAUGAAAUGAAAUACUCAUUAGUUUGUGAAAACCAUUGAUGCCAAUAGAUUCCAUUUAUAUUAAGAAAUAGUGGGGGUGGUAUCCUGCCUACUAUUAGAAAUAAUGGAUAACUAGUGGGGGUGAUGAAUCUGAGUAUGAACUCAGAAGAGACAAAUGAACCAUAAAUCACGAAAGGAUUUUGGUUAUGAAUUUGGUAUUUACACCCUAAGAAAGAAAGAUCCUACAAGCCUGCUAGGAGUUCGAACUUUCAUAAAGAUGCAGAAUUGUGGGAGAAUCCAUUAUUAACGAAAUGGAAUUAUUGGAGUCUAAUAAAGACUUAAAAUCUUGUAGAGUUACCUCUUGGUUGAAAAGCCUUGGGUAAUAUAUCGAUAGAAUCGAACAAGAUUUGGCAUCUUUGAGAAUUACCUCUUGGCAAUGAAGUCAUGGGUAAUAAAUGGAUUCUUAAAAGAAAAGUGAAACAUAUUGGUUUAGUUUAUGAGUAUAAGGAUCGCCUAAUAGCUAAGGCCUUAAGCGAAAAGGAAAAAUUGCAAGUUUUCUUGUUAUCUAUUCACCAUAUGUAGAAUAACAUCCAUGUAUGUUCUGAUUGCUAGUGUUGUGCGUCAGAUGGAUUGUUAAACAUGUUUUUGUGAAUGGUGAUUUAUAUAGGAAAAUCUACAUGGAACAACUUAUAGGGUUGUCAUUCCUGAACAUGCUUAGGGAGUCUAUAGUUAGACAAAUCAUUGUAAGAUUUGAAAUAGACUCUAAGACGAUGGCAUGAAUAGACGGGUUCUCUCUCAUGGUUUUAAGAAUGACAAGUGCAUUUAGUACAACUCUGAGAAUGACACAUGGAUCUUUGGUACAAAGACUUGUGAUGUCAAUAUUGAAAAACCAUGAUGGUUGAGAAUUUUGAAUGUGAAGGAUCUAAAUGAAACAAAUGUUAUGCUUAGAGAUCCUAAUAACUAGGAAAAUACAAGAUGUACACCUGCAUACAUGUUUGAUGAUGCUAGUAUAAAUAUUUGAAGAACACCUAAGACGGUGUAAGAAAGUUAGAAUAUACUAGCAUUUACUGUCUGCGAGAGGCAGCUGAUAAACAUGAAACCCGAUUUAGUGGGGGGUACUUGGCAGGCUUACUGAUUGUCCUAGUAUGAAGCAUUGAAAUGCUAUUGAAAGGGGUCAUGAGACACCUUAAAAGAACAGAAAAAACCUUGGUAUUUGUUAUUAAAGGUUUUGCUAUAUUGGUAGGGUAUAGUGAUGCGGAUUAGAAUACCCUAUAGAGGACUCCAAGACAACAAGAGGUUGUGUUUUAAACAUCGAUAAAGAAGCUAUGUCUUGGAAGUCUAAGAAGUAAACGAUCCUGGCUCAAUCAACUAAGAAAUCAGAAAUGAUAGAGCUAGCAAUGGCUAGUAAAGAGAAAAGUUGAUUGAGAGGGUCAUUACUAGAGAUUCCCUGGGAAAGACCGAUCCCUCCGGUAUUUGAUUCAUUGUGAUAGCACCGCAGCUAUUACUAAAGAAGGAAACCGCUUCUAGAACGAAAAGAGACAACAAAUUCGUUGUAAGCGCAGUACUGUAAGAGAACUCCUAACGAUAGGAGCAAUGAGGGUGGAUCAUGUGAGAUCCUAACAGAAUCUAGCUGAUCCUUUGACGAAAGGAUUAUCUAGAGAGAAAGUCCAAAGUACCGUCAAGGGUAUGAGACUUAUGCCUACCGAACCACGGACUACAAGUGAUGGUAACCCGACCCAAUAGACUGGAGAUCCCAAGAAAUGGGUUCAAUGGGUAAUAACAAGUCAUGAGUAGUAUGCGAAAAGUUCAUGCAUAGUGAAGCAUGAAUCCCAAAGCCUUGGAGGUUGAGUCAAACUCUUAAUGAGAUCUAUACUCUAUGUGGAGUGAAGUACUUUACUUUGGGGGUACUUCUGAUAGACUCACCUAUGUGAAUGUGGGAGUGGGGCCGCUCCCUAUGGAACUUUGGAGGCACAAAGUUGCUAGAGCGUUCACUAAACCGGGAUAACGUGCAUGGCCAUAAACGCACGGCCUAUGAGAGAAUAUCACUCAAUGAAAAGAUCUGGUGUGCUACAUUGUCUGAGAUAGGGUUCAAGACUACGAGUCACCCUUAUGAAAUCGGAAGUGUAACCACUACGCUAAGGUUCAAAUCUUCGCGAUACCUUAGCUUAUGCCCGAUCUUAUGGAACUGUUGAUGCUCAGAGAUAGUUACUAUCGCCGUGCCGAUCGAUCUGAACAAAUGAUUUGUGGUUGUCGCGCAUCGCGAUUGUUCUUGACGAUCUUGUGUCCUCCACGAAGCAACUUACAAGGAACAGGCAGAAUGCUUUUAUUUCCGAACCUAGCCUACUGCUGGGAGUCGAUCAACUGAAGACGGUUAUGAAAAUCGAGGGAAUUGUGGUUCUGCCGGUUAUUUGAUUUAUGAUUUUGCCUUUGAUUUAUCCUUUAUGUUCUCUGUUGAGUGGUCCCGCACUGAUAAUUACCGGGGAAGCGGUUUUGUAGUCUUCAUUCAAUUGCAGGAGCAACCGCAGACUUGUUGUUCUUGGAUCAUGCACGAGUAUUGCUUGCUGCCCAUCCCCGCGCUAGGGCUCGACUCUGUUGUUGCGUCCAAGCUCGCACUCUGCCGUAUCAGAAAGAAGAAAGCUCCAGGGAGAAAGGAAUAACGCCUCGGAGGGGAAAGCUCCGACUGCUCCCUCAAUUCCGUCCCGGGCCAAAAGGGAAAAUUCCCCUGUAUGAUUAAUUGCUCUCGUCCAAGUUCCACCAGCAAAGUGGAUCACGUCACUCUGUGGAAUUCUGUUGGCCCAAAUGAAUUUCAGGUCCAACUCUUCGAGUUUGAUCUUUCCCGGGCCGAGUGGCAGCGAAAAUUUGGGACUCUUUCCUGCUUUAAUUAAUUUGUUCUCUUAAACCUUCCUUUUGUCAUAUAUGUGGGUGUCGCCCUUUUUCUUAUGGUAUGCACUAAUUUGCAUAUAUAAUUUGGUUAUUAUGGCGUGCACUGACGUGUGCUUGUUAUGGGAGGCGGUGUCAACAAAGGGAAUGCUGGCCAAUUGAGACUUCAGCAUUGAUAAGUGUUUGGAGCUGCGGGUUCUUAAAUUUUGAAGGUAAAAGCUCGAUGUUGUCCGCGAGGUUCCCUAGUAAAGAUACGCAGCUGGAAAGAGGAGUGAAGCUAUAUAAAUAGCCUACCUCAGCUAGACAACCGAGUCAAUCAAGGAACCUGGACAAGCUCCUCUGCCUGUGGUGGAGUUAAACUCGGUAGGAAGGGUCAUGUUCAGAAAGUCUCGAUCAGGGAAACAAGAAUCAAUUUGGAAAUUGAUUCUCAGAGCUUGAGCCAAUGGCUUCUCGGAAAAGAGGUAAGAACUGAAACCUUACUUAUGAGUCAUUUAUUAAUGACAAAUUAGAAUCUACCAUAUGCAUGGAAUUGAGAAUCAUUAUGAAUGCUAGAAAUGAAAAUCUAGAAUUGAUGCAUGUUGACAUUGAGAUUUAUUACCUCGAUGAUUAGAAAUUGAAUACAUGUUGUGGAGUAUAUAUAAUGAUUUUUUUUUAAAUGCAUGCAUAUACGUGAAGAAUAUAUGGGAAUAGAAUGGGUUUAUUGCCCAUAAUAACGAUAUUAUAAGAAGUACUAUUAUUAGUACUACACGAACCACUUAGGUUGCUGUGGAACAUUAAAGUUUCAAGAAUGAGAGCAGCAAGCUGAACCAGAUCCACACCAAAUAGAAUGGUACCCUUCGUGGUAACCAUAAGAUUGCCACUCAAUCCUCUAAGAAUGACGCUAUGUUUAUCAAUUAAAUUUGAGAAAAACUAGGUCAUAUGACACGAAAGUGUUAGAGCAAGUUUAACUUAGUAUUGUGUUAACUUGAUUAAAGAAGAGGAUUUGACAAUAACAAUCGCUUAGGUGAUGACAGAGGUUAGCCUUAAUGGUAACUCUGGAGAAUGGUUGCUGGAUACUAGCGCCCCAAGGCAUGUCUGUGAUAGACGAUCUAAGAUGGAUUCUUUUUUUGGGACGGGUGUGUCCUUGUAAAGAAUUAGAAUAUCUAAAGUCACAUUCCCAUAUUAUUCUCGAACGCUUGAGAAAUUUUGUAUCCAAGCAAAAUGACCCAUAAAAUAUGUGGUUAGAGAAUCAGUGUAACAUGAUAACAAGAAGAGCAUAUGAGUAUGCAAGUUUUUGUAAAACACAUAAGUUGAUGAAACGAAAUACUCAUUAGUUUGUGAAAUCCAUUGAUACCAAUAGAUUCCAUUUAUAUUAAGAAAUAGUGGGGGUGAUAUUCUGCCUACUAUUAGAAAUAAUGGAUAACUAGUGGGGGUGAUGAAUCUGAGUAUGAACUCAGAAGAGACAAAUGAACCAUAAAUCACGAAAGGAUUUUGGUUAUGAAUUUGUUAUUUACACCCUAAGAAAGAAAGAUCCUACAAGUCUGCUAGAAGUUCGAACUUCCAUAAAGAUGCAGAAUUGUGGGAGAAUCCAUUAUUAACGAAAUAGAUUUAUUGGAGUCUAAUAAGACUUAAAAUCUUGU